GGAGAUCGCGCACACCCCGGAGCGUCCGCGCGAUCGCCUUCCGCCUGGUAACGUCGUGGCGCUGCGUGCGCGCCCCCGGCCGUGUCGCGCCGCCACACGGAGUGCAGGCCGAGCCCGCGCCAUGGCCGCACAGGUGCAGACUCUGCCACCACCACACCGCGCCGCCGGCCCGGCCCCCGAGCACAGCGAGCCCCAGGCCGCCACCAAACGUCUCAUGGCGGCUCCGCCCCCCAAGGUCAAUCCGUGGAGUAAGCCGGCUCUUGCCGUCGAGCUGGGAACUCCGAGUCCUGGGCCUGCCGCAGAGCCUGGGCCCGAGGCCCGGCCUGAGCCACCGGUACAGGCCGGAGACGGCGCCGAGGAGCUGAAAGUCGCCAGCGGCCGCAGGAAGGAAUUUAUCGAGGCUCCGCCGCCCAAGGUGAACCCGUGGACCCGAAGAGUGAGUGGGAGCGGCGCGGAUGCCGAUCCAGAAAUGCCAGCACCGGCCAGAGUCGUCAAAGCAGGAAACCCAAGACCAAAGAAAGGAACCAAGGUCAGUGAUUUUGGUGACACCACAAACUGGCCGACUCCUGGUGAAAUCGUCAAUAACAAGACAUGGGAGCCAGUGAUCACCCCUGAGCAUUCACAAAACAGUAAAGUACAACACAACAAAAAGCCACUCAUACGAAAGGAGCGGUCUGAGAAAUGUGACAGCAGUGAAUGCAAAGAGAACCAGCGAACCAAGUCAGACGAAUCACCAGAGGAGAGAAGUGCUGAUGAGGAUUCACAGAAAUCUACACAGAAGAAGAAAGGGUACAAACAAAAAUGGGUCCCGCUCCAAUUGGAUGUAAAAUCAGAGGGAACGCAAGAGAAACCGGUAACCCGAAACAACCUGCGUCCUCAGAAUGAGCCUCUGCGUCCACCAGUCAUCAAUAGGAGUGACUCCAAAGGUUACCAUCGUGAGGAGAAGUACGACAUGAGGGAUUGGCGGGAAGACCGUGAUGAGAUUUCCAGCGUCAAAAGCGAGGGUGGAACAAUCCGAGGAGGCUACAGGGGGCGAGGGCGAGGUCGAGGCCGGGGGAGGGGUCGUGGCAGAGGUGCUUCCCGCUCUCAUUUUGACUACCAUUACACUUACAAUGCAAACGCAGAUGGAAAUGAUGGAUUGUACAGGCCAAAAUAUGGUGGUGAUAUCAUCUAUUACUAUGACAAUCAGAGCAGUGCGGAGCUGUACACUAUGGACAAAAAGCUGCUCAAAGACUACAUCAAGAAACAGAUUGAGUACUACUUCAGCUUGGACAACCUGGAACGAGACUUUUUUCUCAGACGAAAGAUGGAUGCUGAUGGUUUCCUGCCAGUCUCAUUAAUAGGAGGCUUUCAUCGAGUCCAGGCAUUAACCACGGAUAUCAACCUUAUCUUGGAGGCUCUGAAGGACAGCACCGAGGUAGAAGUGGUGGAUAAAAAAAUACGAAAGAAGGAAAAUCCAGAGAAAUGGCCUCUGCCAGAGACAGAUUUCACACGACUACUCAAUUGUCCCGAAUUCAUUCCUGGGCAGACCUACAAAAAGCAGACAGAGUCAGCUCCAGGUUCUCCUCAGGCGGGCAGUGCUGUGAAUUCAAAGACUGAAGAACCCAGUAAUCUGAAGACUUUGCCGAAGGGACUUUCCACAAGCCUUCCAGACCUGGACUCUGACACGUGGAUUGAAGUGAAGAAACGGCAUCGGCCGGCUCCCACAAAACCAAAGAAGUCUGAGGAACCCAAAUCACAGACAUGUUCGAAGCCAGACCAGGAGGAACAGGAGGAACUUGACUUCAUGUUUGAUGAGGAGAUGGAGCAGAUGGCAGGUCGCAAGAACACUUUCACUGACUGGUCAGAUGAAGAUUCCGACUGUGAAAUUGAUGAUCGUGAUGUAAACAAGAUUCUGAUUGUGACACAAACCCCUCCAUACCUGAGAAAACAUCCUGGUGGGGACAGGACAGGCAAUCAUGUCUCCAGGGCAAAACUAACUUCUGAGUUUGGCAAAGUCAUCAAUGACGGUCUCUACUAUUAUGAACAGGAUCUGUGGAAAGAAGAUUAUGAACUGGAAUAUGCAACAAUAAAGCAAGAAGUAGAAAACUUCCGUAAGCUGCAUAUGAUCAGCCGUGAGGAGUUUAACACACUGGCUCCUGAACCGCCUGUUGAUCGUAACCAGGAGGUUCCGCCUGGUCCCCCUCGGCCACAACAGGUACCUACAGAUGCACUGGCCAACAAGUUGUUUGGUGCUGCCGAACCUCCGAUAUCUUGUGUGGCACGAUCUCUGCCAACAACAGUGCCAGAAUCCCCAAGCUACCGGGGUGCACGGACCCCUCGCACACCUCGCACGCCUAGGUUAAAGGAUCCAAGUCAAGCUCCCAGGUUCUAUCCUGUGGUGAAAGAAGGGAGGCCGUUGGAUGCGAAGACGCCCCGCAAACGCAAGACGAGACACAGCUCAAACCCCCCUCUGGAGAGCCAUGUGGGGUGGGUGAUGGACUCAAGAGAGCAUAGACCGAGGGCAUCCUCAUUCAGUUCAAAUGCCAGUCCUUCCGAAGGAAUUCCAGUGGCUGGUAAUUAUGGUUGCACGCCACAAUCUCUUCCCAAGUUCCAGCACCCCUCCCAUGAGCUAUUGAAGGAGAAUGGAUUCACACAGCAUGUCUACCACAAGUUUCGCAGGAGAUGUCUAAAUGAGAGAAAGAGAUUGGGAAUAGGACAGUCUCAGGAAAUGAACACCCUUUUCCGAUUCUGGUCCUUCUUCCUGAGAGAUCAUUUCAACAGGAAGAUGUAUGAAGAAUUCAAGCAGCUGUCAAUAGAGGAUGGGGAUGAAGGUUACAGGUAUGGGCUAGAGUGCCUUUUCAGAUAUUACAGCUAUGGCCUUGAGAGGAAAUUUAGACCGGAGAUAUUCAAAGAUUUCCAGCAAGAAACCAUCGUGGAUUAUGAAGCAGGGCAGCUGUAUGGAUUAGAGAAAUUCUGGGCCUAUCUAAAGUAUUCAAAAGCUAAGAAUCUGGAUAUCGACCCAAAACUUCAGGAAUACCUCAGCAAAUUUAAACGCUUAGAAGAUUUCCGGGUGGACCCUCCAAUUGGCGAUGACGUUGGCCGCAAGCGACAGUCACUGGCAGGUGAAGAAAAACGCCGGCUUUCAUCCGUGUCUUCCAGUAAAAUGUGUGGCUCUGCCAGUGAUGCCGAGAAUGGGUCGCCGUUCCCCCCUCAAAGUAUGAACGAAGGAACCAAUUCAACUGUGAUCCCGGAGGGGGCUUCGGCAGGACUUGUGCAAGUGAGAGCCACAGGCAAAUAGAGAGUGGACUCUGCCUCUAACCCUGGAUCUUUAUUUGAACUUUGGUAUUGUCACCUCAAUGAGCUACAGAAAAACUGGGCUGGAUAUCAGACAUUCUUCAACGCUGGGCAGUAGCCAUUGCAGCAACUGCCGGAAGAUUUGUAUUCUAAGCUGGUUUCACAGCCUUCACCCAUAUGAAUGAAUGUUGCAUGAGAACAAUUGGUCUGAAAUAUAAUUCAUCUGCUUGAUUUGGGAGUCGACAAUACAGCUUCACUCAGAUAUCCAAAAAAAAUCCGAACCCCUCCCUAGCGGAGAGUGGGAUUAAAGAGAUGCCUUAUUAUUGCCUGCUCCUGUUUGUGAGCAGCACGUAGUUAAAUUCUGCUCGCUCUGCUAAUGACUCUCCUGUUGGUCUGCUAAUGUUGAUAAAAUUAUCCGUUCCUUACCCUGGAUUUUGAAUUAUUGAGGUUUUUGUUAGUGCCCCAAUUUAAAGUUGCCGCAGGCGGACGGAAUAGGAAUGGUGAUGUCAAAUGCAGAUGCUCUUGCACCACAGGUACUUUGUGUCAGGCCUUAUCCCCGUGGUGGACUGAACUUCAACAGCCUGACGGCCACAGGUACUGACAUUAGGAAAUAGCCCAGUGACCCAUGUCAAGCUCUCCAUCAGGGUCACUGCUAAAGUGUCUUUGGCCACCAUUCUUAUCCUGUUACCAUCCAGUUGUCUCUUUCACUUUGCAUACCCAAGCCAGCACCUUGGAAAAAUUGGACUAUCUGAUUUCUUCGGCAUUGAUGAAUCUGUCUGCUUGAAGUAGUAUUGCUGAAAUUAUACUGGGUAACAUCAUUCACGACUGUCAUGUGUUCUGUAGGGAUGUCACAGUGUCGUUUAUUUUGAUGUCCUGGUAAAGUAGUGACCUGAAGUCCCAUCUAGAUUGUUGUCCUGGAAUUUCAGCCUUUGCUAGGAGCCAAAGUGUCACCGUGUUAAUCAUUAUCAUCAUCACUUUAGUUUUGGGCUGUGGUUCGAGUAAAUGGAAAAAAAACUGAGCCUUUCGGGUUUGCUGUGUGCUACUUUAAUGCUGUUGAUACGUCGUGCUUGCUGUGCAUGUAUCUCAUGGGUAGCAGGAGUAGGCUCUGCAGAACGAGCUGGUGAUGAGAAAACCUAUUAGCUUAGGCUUUCCAACUCUAGCUCUACUCCGGGGUCAUCUGUCCCCGAGGAACCGUUGGCACGAUUGAUCCCCCUGUCCCCGAGGGUUGGGUGACACUUGUGAUGAGAUUUCAUCUUCUCUGCUCUCUUUCAGUGCAUUUAGAUCUCCCAUUCUUGUACCUUAUUAUUUUUCAUGCUUUCUUUCUUCCCUUUUGUAUCUCUCUAUCCAUCAGUUUAUCUCGAGCCCAUCCUCUGCCCCUCACACACACCAAUACCAUGUCUCUUCUCAUGCAUGUGUGUCCGUGUCUUAAGCGCACAAACACACCGCCGACUUGUUUUUCUAACAUGCAUUUGUGCCCUCCGAAUGUCAUGCACACGCCCACCCCUCUGCAUUUCCUUCUCCCAGCAGAAAUGCCUAAGUUAUUUGGGAUCUUCUUGCUGUAUGGGAAUUGUAUCUCCACGUGAAUGGACCAUGCACCAGUGUAGAAUGUGGCAGGUGUCACUGAAUAUAACCUUCGUCUUCCUGUUUCCUCGGUGCCGAACUCACUGAAGGGCUAAACUCCUGAAACCAAAGGUUUGAUCCAUGCUGUUGAAUGUUUUUGAUGUUAAUUCUUAUAAAAGACAUGGGAGAAGAACUGCUGACCAUUGUAAGGAGUGUGGGAUAAAAUAUUAGUCCUGGGUAACUUCCCCCUCUUCCCAGGGCUGUCAUGCUUUUCAAGAGUAUGUGUCUAAUUGAACCUCACCACGAUUAGUUAUGUCCUAAAAACAUCCAGUGAUGUGUUUAGGGUCUCCUAGACUGCAAACACUUGCUGACGGCUGCCUGAUGGUGUUUGCAAAGUUGAUUAAAACCUGACACUAGUUCUGUGACUUUGAGAAUUCAUUGUUUACAUUUACAUGUUCAGUCAUCCCAUAAUCUUCCAAGAUUCCUGUAACCGACUGCCUGGAUUGUCAGGACUGAGAUCACUCACAGGACAUUGGUUUCCUCUCCUUAACCAGAAUGUUCAUGUGGAACAGACUGAUUUAUUUGCAACUAAGAGGCUCGAUUGUUGGUGUAAUUCAGGUGGAGAUUCCUGAAUGUGCAACCAGUUGUGUAAUGUGAAGCUGCUGUUUAUUUAAUGAAUUUCUUUGAAAUGCCUCUGAAACAAGAACAUUUUAUUUCAGGUAAUUUGGUGAGCAUCUCUUUGCUGUUUAUUGUACAGAAAUCACACUGUUGGGAGUUAAAAUUCCAGUGUGUAAUUCAUGGCACGAUUUGUAUAUAACGCAAGUCCACCAGCUUUUAGAUGAAUGUCUUUUUUUUCCUAAGUAAGAAAUCUUUAAGAAUCUAGCCAUAUUUGCCAAAGAAAAAUCUCUGGGUUUCACAGAUGCUGAAAACAUUAAAACAAAAGGUGCUGUGGAUUUAUUCUGAGUGAACAAUGCAGCUUGCACGGACAAUUUGUGUUAAGGCCAUUUUCCUUCCUCUUUGGUGCCCACCCUUUGAACCAGUUGCCUCUGAUUGCCCCAUAUCCACAGGAGCACCAGCCUACACCACCCACCGCCUGCCAUGCCUGCUUUUCAGUGGAGUCCCCAGGAACGACCGCCUUAUUUUGGUGACAGCAUGACGAUAAAAAAGCUUACAUUGUAAAAUGUACAAAAUUAGAAUCGUCCUUCACAACUCUGUUAAGUCCAAGAUGAUCACUAUCCUGUACCAAACUCACCAAGCCAUCCACGUGACACUACCUAAAUUAAUAGUACUCUCAGGCCCAGUGAAAUGGGGCAUGGCGAUCACUGAGUUGGGCUCCUGCCCUCUCUAGUCCAGGUAUUUAUAGUUUGAGAUUCAGAUCUGCUUGGUAGAAGACUAACGCGAGAAGAAGAGAAAAGAUUACUGCAAACAUCCCAUGUGUCUUGUGCUAAAGCACAUUAGAGCUGUGUAGCUUGUGUUCACUGUAAAGUUUAGAAUUUCAGUUACACACGUAAAGUGAAUCUACACUAACUCUUCUGAGAGCCAACAAUUAACUUAUGAUGUAAUGUGCAUGCCCCAGGACCAUUCUUUGCACUCUCUGAAUCACUUAACUGUACUCACUCUCCUUUCAGGUUUUCAAGGUCUACUUUGGUGUUUUAUUAAAACAUGGGUAAUAUUUGGUUGUCCCCAAAAGAUUACAUGAACUCUGCUGAGAAAUUAUGUUUAGAACCUUCGUAAGCCUAUUUUUCGAUUGUGUUCACAUGCAGAAUAUAAAGGAUGUAAACUGUAUUUUGGGGUUUGUUGAACCCAAGUUAUUCCUAAGAGCUCUAAUGUCCUGAGAUUCCAUGGUGAAGUAGUCAGGGUUUGAUUUUAAAAAAAACACAACAUGUCCCUCAGUCUGUCAGGAUUAACUUGAAAAUCAUAGCCUUGGAGAACUUUCGUGAAGCAUGUAAUUUCCACUGGAGCCAGCUCUCUGGAAAUGUCUUGUAGGCAUUAGUCUUAUUCACUGAAUAAAGUGACUGGAACAAACCUCCAGCUUCCCAAUUGCGGUCUGAGGCUGUGGAAUGGCACAGGUCCAGGUGAGUAAGGCAGGUGCUUACAGGGUGGGGACUACAAGCUGAAUAUUUCACUGUGUCAAUAGACAAGUGUUGGGGAAAUGAAUCCGAAUCUAGCAGCUAGGGGUUGAACAGAUACUGUUUAUGGUACAGAUUCGGCAGGUUCUGGUAGAGCUGGACUUGAGAUAGUAACUGUUGAGAUACUCUGCAAAGGGUUGAGGGUUAGUCCAAAUACAUCAUGUAACCUGCUUUGUGGAUGACUUGGUCUCAGGUGGAGGGACAGUAUGAAAUGGAAAGAAUAUACUUUUGUGGAGACAGUUAAUUCCUUGUCUGAUUCACAGCUCUUGUGGUUGAGAAGUACCUCAUAGCUCAGAAAUUGUGCUGAAUUUGGAGAGUUUCUUGUGCUGGUUGGAUUCACACUUGCUUUUUGAUAGCUUUGAAAUACUUGUGCCUGCAGCUUUCCUCCAAUGUGAUUACACUGGUCACAUUAUGACAUUUCAUUUCAAUCUCCAGUCAGGUCAUAGACAUGAUGACCAAGUCAGUGUUUAAUGUUAAAUUUAACCAAAUUUAAAGCCUUUCACAAAAUGGGACAGGUGUCUAUUCUGAUGUUGAAUGCCAAGAGUUUGGCCAUUCAGGAGUGCAGGGAAUGGCCCUGUGUAAGAAGUCACAGGAGCGCUGAUGAAGGCUUCAGGCUCUAACUCCCAUUAAUGUCUCAUCGCUGCUGAAUUUGGUCAUCUGACCCAUUGACGUGCUUCCAAGUCUGUUCCUCAGUCAGGAGCUGAUAAUUCACACUGAUUGCUUGAGUUUUGAUGGUCUCUGGUCUCCAUUGCCAGGAGUGUCAAUGGGAUAUUCAGUUCUCAGUACAGCCAAUUCAAAAUUGAGAGCGUGGUUUGCAAAGGGUAUGUGGUGCUUUUAUGAGCCAUGAUCAGUUAUCCAGCAGUACAAAGUAGGUUGAGGGCAUGAGUGGAACUCUCAAUGUCUGCUAGGGUGCCAGUGAAUCUCCUUAUGCUGGCUGCUGUAAUUCUAGAAAUAACCACGUGCACAGAUUUAUUCCACUUUAAAAAAAAACUUGUAAGAUACUUGAACAAGAACUUGUAACAUAAACUUAAUCAUUUAGAGUCUUUGCUUUUUAGUCUGAUGUGGUUCCUUCUGGCUAGUGUUUUGCCCUUUGUAAUUUGUGGUAACUGCUUUCCUUUUAUAUAAAAUCAAUUAAAAUUCACAAAAAUUAAAUAAAAACACUAAAAUGACCAAUUUGUAUGGUUGUUUUUGUUUAAUGUAAGCAUGGAUUAUAAUUCUUUCAGUGCGUGAGAAGGCUUCCUGCCUCCUUCAUAAAAAUUACUGAUGGUAACUGAUCCUAGAGAUAUACAGAGGUUGGCCCAUGAUCAUCGUUCCUCUCGUCCUAAACCUUCUCACCUUUGAGUAGCACCCUGGGAUAGAGCCAUUAUUGUGUAGAUUAAUUCCUUUGUGGGAAGUUUGUUGAAGUUGAAGUGCAAGGAAGAAGGGUUGAGAGAAACUCACAGCCUUGUACAGACCAUUUGACGCGAGGAAUGGGUUGGCCCCUGAGCUGGAUGUUGGCUUUACCUGCAAAUGGAUGUCUGAGAGCAGCUGAAUGAGGAUACCAUAUAACCCCGACUGUCAGGUCAUAAAAGGCCCAGUAUUCAUGAUGCUAUCUAAACUUGUAAGUUACUCCCCCUCCCUCUUCCUCUCUUCAUAUUUGUUUGUUUCUCAUCUAUUAGUGUAUAGUAUAGUGAGAAUGGUUCCGGGGCAGUACUGUGAGUAGGAUGUGGAAGUCUGGGAGAUUUCUAAACAUAUCUGUACAAAAGGGGCGGGUUGCACUUGAAUCUGAGAGAGACCAGUAUUCUUGCGGGCUGAUUUACUAGAGCUGUUGGAAGUGGUUUAAACUAAUGUAGCAGGGGAAUGGGAAUCAGUAUGAUAGAGCUGAGAAUGAGCCAGCAGGUUUACAAGUAGAUGAUGGAUGUAACAUAAAUGUAAAGAAGGACAAGCCAAUGACUGAGUACAAAUGCAGACGGAGCAAAGAGUUAUUGUACCACAGAGGUAAAAUUCAAAAGGGGAAAGAAUGCAGGACUGAAGGUGCUGC